AUGGUGUCAAUGCUUGAGGACAGAUUGGCCACCAUUAGACAGAUCUAUGCCCCAAGAGCAAAAAGUGGAAAGGGUGGUCGAACGAGGAAUGAGUCUGGACAUCCACAAACAUCAAAAACACCAACACUUCCGCCAGCUUUUCCAACAAACACUAGAAUGAUUGCCUAUCGUGUCCCAUCAGCUCAAUCCGUCUUCUCAUUGGCAAGAUCAAAAGCAGGACGAUCACCCCGAAUGGAACAACUCAAUGAUGCUAGGGAACAAUUAUUGCAAUCAAAAAGAAAUUGUGCAAAGUUGGUUCAAGAAAAUACAAUUCUGAAGACAAGACUCUUGAAAUUAUCGGCACAAUCGGGAAAGAGAGAACAUCAUUUACAGCGAUUGCUCAAUAGGGAAUCGUUUGAACCGGCCGAAUCGUAUGACACAAAUGAAGCGAUCACUCUGGCCACUUUUCAGAAGAGAUUGAUCAAAUCAGAAGCACUUAUUAAACAACAACAAGAUGUUAUCGAAAAACUGAAGAACGAUCGUGUGAGAGCUCGAUCAGCUGCAAGUGAAAGGAGACACAGUGAAACGAGAGGGAUCAGAGGAGGAGAACCCACACAAGAGAGAUCACAAUCUUUGGAUGAUCUUCUCGCAAAGAAUGAACGAUUGGCGGAGAAGUAUCGAUCACUCAAAAGAGAGAAUAAAUAUUUGAGGGAAAGGAUAGCUCGUUUGGAGACAAGACAUAAUGGAGAUGAUCACGAACUUUCUGAUUGGUCAAAGGAAGAUCUGAUCAAUUUGGUGAAUCGAUUAGAAACGAGAGCAUUGAAAGCACCGAUUAGAGCUGCUGUCGCUACGCUGGAGGAAAAGACAGAAGUGGGCAAGUUGAUUAAAGAGUUGACAUCGGUGCAUAGGAAUCUGGAAAACUCACAACAAGAGAAUGAGGUGUUAAAGAGUGAAGUCGAGACAUUGGUCAAAGAAUUGGAACACGCGAGAAUCGUCCACAAAGAUGCACGGCCACCUGGGGUUCCUCCUUUGGAUAUGAAAUCAAUCGACAAUGUCUCGGAUAGUCAAGAAGAUGAUCAAACUGGAAAUGCAUAUGAAACUUAUCAAGAUGGAGAGCAGAAUGAAGGACAAAGGACCUUCGACUUGGACGUGGUCGCAAUGGAGGUUUUCGAACACACAAAGGCUCAUCUAUCAAGGAUCAAAUUUCUUAGGGAACAAAUGAAAAAGCAA